CAUGUAGUCACAUUCUACGAACUGAACCCCACACCUUUCAACGUGAACUUCGAAUCUACAAGCCCUCCCAUCGUCAUAUUGAGCCCUAACUAUGGAAGAGGGAACUACCCCAACGAUGUCAACAACUUUACGCUGACUAUUCGCUCUAACAGCGAGCCAUUGGUCUUGGUCUUCUAUUUCAGGCAUUUCGAUUUGGAAUAUCAACGUGUCUGUGCCUUUGAUGACCUCAGUCUGCAAGGAAUAAAAUAUUGUGGUACCUGGGAGACCGGACGUAGUAUUCCGUUCUAUCUUCCCGAAUUUAGCUCUUUCGUCGUGACUUUCAAGACAGAUCACUCUGUUACCAGAUCUGGUUUUGAG